AUGGCCGAUGAUAUUGAUAUUGAAGCAAUGCUUGAAGCUCCUUACAAGAAGGAUGAGAACAAAUUGAGCAGUGCCAAUGGCCACGAAGAACGCAGCAAGAAGAGAAAAAAGAGCAAGAGCCGCAGUCGAAGCCAUGACAGGAAGAGGAGCAGGAGUAAGGAACGCAAACGGAGCCGGGAUCGGGAAAGGAAAAAGAGCAGAAGCCGAGAAAGGAAACGGAGCAGGAGCAAAGAACGCAGGCGCAGCCGGUCCAGAAGCAGAGAUCGCAGAUUCAGAGGCCGCUACAGAAGUCCCUAUUCUGGUCCAAAAUUCAACAGUGCCAUCAGAGGGAAGAUUGGUCUGCCUCACAGCAUCAAAUUAAGCAGACGACGCUCCAGAAGCAAAAGUCCCUUCAGAAAAGACAAGAGCCCUGUUAGAGAACCUAUUGAUAAUCUUACCCCUGAAGAGAGGGAUGCUCGAACAGUAUUCUGCAUGCAGCUGGCUGCAAGAAUUCGACCAAGAGACCUGGAAGAAUUUUUCUCUACAGUAGGGAAGGUUCGUGAUGUGCGAAUGAUUUCCGAUAGAAAUUCCAGGCGCUCAAAGGGAAUUGCUUAUGUAGAAUUUGUUGAUGUUAGUUCAGUGCCUCUGGCAAUAGGACUGACUGGACAGAGAGUCUUGGGGGUACCAAUCAUCGUACAGGCAUCGCAGGCAGAGAAGAACAGAGCAGCAGCAAUGGCAAAUAACCUGCAGAAGGGCAGUGCUGGUCCUAUGAGACUCUAUGUGGGAUCAUUACACUUUAACAUAACUGAAGAUAUGCUUAGAGGAAUUUUUGAGCCAUUUGGCAGGAUUGAAAGCAUUCAGCUGAUGAUGGACAGUGAGACUGGGCGCUCAAAAGGAUAUGGAUUUAUUACGUUCUCAGACUCUGAGUGUGCCAAAAAGGCCUUGGAACAACUCAACGGAUUUGAACUGGCUGGUAGGCCAAUGAAAGUGGGACACGUAACCGAGCGUACUGAUGCUUCCAGUGCUAGUUCCUUUUUGGACAGUGAUGAGUUGGAGCGAACUGGAAUUGACUUGGGAACAACUGGUCGCCUUCAGUUGAUGGCAAGACUUGCAGAAGGUACUGGUUUGCAGAUUCCUCCAGCUGCACAGCAGGCGCUGCAGAUGAGCGGGUCUUUGGCCUUUGGAGCUGUGGCAGAUUUGCAAACGAGACUAUCUCAGCAGAAUGAAGUUCUGGCUGCAGCUGCUUCUGUACAGCCACUUGCAACACAGUGCUUCCAGCUUUCCAACAUGUUUAAUCCUCAAACUGAAGAAGAAGCUGGCUGGGAUACAGAAAUUAAAGAUGAUGUGAUCGAGGAAUGUAACAAACACGGAGGAGUUAUCCACAUCUAUGUAGACAAAAACUCAGCUCAGGGCAACGUGUACGUCAAAUGUCCUUCAAUUGCUGCUGCCAUCGCAGCUGUAAAUGCAUUGCAUGGGAGGUGGUUUGCAGGUAAAAUGAUUACAGCAGCGUAUGUACCUCUUCCAACAUACCACAGCCUUUUCCCAGAUUCCAUGACUGCAACCCAACUACUGGUUCCUGUUCGACGAUGAAGAUGGAUUUAGUCUCUAUGUAUGCAGUGUGGCACAGGUGAAGGAUUUCAGCCGAGUCUGAAAAUGGGUAGGAAAUACAGAAACAUGUUUUGUUCUGGUUGCAUAUAAUCUUUGCUCUUUUUAAGCUCUGUGAGCUCUGAAAUAUAUUUUUGGGUUACUUCAGUGUGUUUGACAAGACAGCUUGAUAUUUCUAUCAAAGACUUUCAUAUUGCAACAAUCUUUGUAAGAACCACUCAAAUAAAAUUCUCUUAAAAAGGC